UGACCAUUCUCGUCCAUGACCGCCACCGUCGAAUCGAGCACCGACCGUUUCCACACGUUCAACGUUGCCCAGAGGAUGAAGACGACGGAGACUCGAGCGGGGAGGAGAACAAGGGUCAGGACGAGGGAGAAGCGGAGAAUGACGAAGACUAGGCAAUAGCCAGUGCACGGCGACGUACCGUCCCCACCAGUGUGGCACCCCAUCCUGGAUCCACCAAACACUAUCGACACGGGCAAUGCCGGCUUACGCCUCUAGGGAAGGACGCUUGAGAGCCGGCGAGUAUGGACAGUAUGCCUUUCUCUUCUGUUCCUUUCCUUCUACUUAUUACCAUGUGCACCAUGCCACUACUAAAUACCGUCUUGAUUGCCUGUCCAUUACUGACACACCUGACGUACAGACUAUCAUAUUACCCUCCGAGUCGAACGGAAUGCAGGUCUGGGUGGCGCAUUUCAAACGCUUACAAUCGGAGGAACGGUCCGUCGCGUCCUACAUAGCACUUUGCUUGCUUGUUGCGGUUACAGUAAUACAUGAUGAGCUCAUCAUCAUCAUCAAAACGUCCAACAA